CCUUCGCAGCGAGUCACACCGAAUUGUCUUGAUACAAAAAUCAAUGCAUUGUUUUGUUGACAACUGAGACGUGACUUGGUACCAAUGAGCAACAAGCCUGGAUUGGCAAAUGAUUUUGAUGAAAUUUAUUACUGUCUUUGCAAAAACGUCAUCAAUGCUCACAAAUUUACUGGAAUGCGCUAGACAUUGCGAUCCCUUAUAUAUAUAUAUAUAUUGACCACAGUACCUUCUUGACCUGUGCUACAUAAUGCUACGUACAUGUGCUGCAUAUACUAGCGCCACGGAGUAUGCAGCGACGAGUAUGACUUAAAGCUGAUGAAUUAAUCCUACAUUGACAAUAGAAAGUUAACCUUUCUAAUAGGGCUAAGCACAAUAACUUGAACUGAAAAAUAACGCUACCGAAAUUUAGAUAAUUGGGUGGUGAUGACUUGUUUCUUUAGCUUUUUCAGAUAUGAAAUAUUUAUUACUCGUGCCUCUGACCUGAGCAGAAGGAAAUUUUUCAACGUCGGGAAAUAUUCUGCACAAUGUUUAGAUUAUUCUUUUGCAUCUUGCCUAAGAUCGCAAAAAUGCCAUGUCUAGGUCAUUUAAAAUAUAUUAGCCAGAUAAUUUCGUUACCUUAGAUAAAUGUUAGUCGUGAAAAUGGGUGCAGUUAAGAGUCAAGAGAAAUUAAUGCUAUUUUAGGCCGUGAGAGAUGCUUACACUUCUAAAUCGUGAAAACGAGUGCAACUUCACCACGUGAGCGAUGAAUGUAUUUAUUUGUCGUGGAAUAAGUGUAUUUUUACAAGAAAGAAGAAAUCGGUGCAGUACUUUUUGAAAAAAAAAUGUGCUCAAACUCUGAUAAGAACAUCUUGCUCAAAUCUGAAACAACUCUCUUGCCUAAGUGCAGAUACGUUUCUAAAUUAUUUUCCAUCACAUGAGAAUAUAAGAACGAUACCAUGCACCUCACGACUCCACUCACGCUCGAGUAUGACUUGCGAACAAUAAUGAUACUAUAUACGCUCCUCGUCGUGGUCCCAGAGACCGCCACCAGCCCCUUGCCUUCAGGGGGCCAGGGUGCGGGCGUCUUCAGGAGCUGGAACUGCAGCGUCAUCUGCGACUCCACCAACCUGCACGACUACCUGCCGCAGGAGUGUACCCGUCUCUGCCCGAAUUACAAGGAAGUCACCAACCCGAAGCCUCAGGACAACGCUCGCUUACAGACACUGGAGAGCAAAGUGAAGUCGCUUCAGGUGACGGUAGACUCGCUGCUCGUGGUGACAGUGUUGCUGUUCUGUGUGGUCCUCGUAGGAAUACCAUUGCUGGUCUACCGACACAAGAUCAAGAGCUCUUUAGUGCCAGCGUGCUGUUCUUCUUACAACACUAAGAGUAAAAAGAAGAGAAAUAACAGCAGUAAAAAGAGCCGUCCCUCAGGAGGAGGUUCACCUAUUGACAAGCCCUCGCGCCGACAACCUCUACAGGAGGAGCCCGCCACCGCCACCGCCGCCCCCGCCACCGUCAUCGCCAACGAUGUGGCGGUCAACACACAAGCCAAGGAAAGCCAGUUGGCAAGGGCGCCUCCUGAUCCCCCACCUCCAGAUGUCAGCGUCAUCAGCAACCUGCGUCUCCGGCAUCCGUCGGAAUCUUCGUGCACGGCCGACGUAGGCGCGGACUCCACCAUAGACUGCGACCCUAACUCCUCCUACGACCAAGGAUCCUCACACGCCUACUACAACUACGGCUGCUCCACCAGUACUCUGGCCGUUAGUCCCACGCAGUCCCGGGUCUCGUAUGGGUCCGAGGCCACGCCAUUGAGUGCUGGCGCCUUAAUUUCUCAGAGCAAAGUUGGUUCAACACUCGCAUCGCCGCCGGCACAAAUAAAAUACAAUUCAGCAUUGCCAGAAGGUAACGAACAGUCUUCCUUUAGUCGCGGUAGAAUCAGGAUGAGCAACAUUGAGGAUCGUUCUAACAGGAGACCUUCGUCUCCUGAAAGUCCGUCGGACGCAACCGUGAUGUCGAACGCCACUAUGGAUACCACACUUAGCUGUGGUACGUUUAGUUCUAACAUCUGAAGUUACACGUCACAUGCCAUACCUACCGGUACUACAACGAUUAAUUUGAGAUAUCGUACCUAUGCCUCCUGCAAAUGUCGCGGGUGAGACCUUUGAUGCCUCAACACUAGCACAGCAAUCAACUUGAGAUAUGGCAUCCCUGUUGUAUAUGUCUUGAGUGAGACAUGGUUUAGUGUCUAACGAUACCAAACUGGGCUCCUCUAACGCUAGGUGAAUUGAAUAUGUCAUCAAAAAAAAAAAAACAAAGAAAUUAUUCUCUUUCGCGAGUGAUGUAAUGCUUGGCUAUUGUUUAGUCUUGUCACUCUUGUCAAUAGCAACACAAUGAUUCAGUUCAGAAUUGAAUAUGCGUUCUCCUAUGUUGGUCACAACAUAAAGGAAAUUGACUGUGAAAAAAUUUAAAAUGAAGUAUUUGCUUUAUUCGUUACCAAUUUUAAAAUUAUUGACAAUUGUUUUGAUUUGAGCGCGAGAGGAAACAUCUUCCCCGUUCAACACCCAAAAGAGCCCUGUGUUGGUCGAAGGAAAUGAAGGAUUCUUGACUGCUAGGAUAUUAGUAAAAAUCGUCCAAAAAAAAUGAGCGGUGUCGUCUGACAUUGUGCAUUGUAGUAACUAAUGAAUCAAAUUCGGGUUUAUUGUUUACCCUAUUAUUGUAUUUUUAAAAGUUUCCGGUAUCGACUAGAUAUCAUGUUAUGAAACCAGAUAUGAAACCAAAUAACUUUCUAAAGCUUGAGUCGAGUGGAGCAUUUAAUUUAAUUGUCGGGUGAUUAGAUCAGUUGCCGUACGAUUAAAAACAAUCCGUAUUUUAUGCCGCAAAGCAUAACCAUUGCACAAACUUUCCUCGUUAUUUUUCAUCUGAAAUUGAAAAUGUCUAAACCCUCAACUAGUUCUCAAAAUCUGCAUCGCAAUAAUAAGCUUAAUACUUGUUUAUCAGUGUCUGAGCAAAAAUAAAUCGCCUUUUUUUAACGUAAAGCAAUGAAGCAAUGGUACUGCGUUGCUAAUAUCCUAUGAAUAUAAUAAUAAAACUUAGAGUGCAAUAUGCAUCUACUGUAACAUUGCCGUUUGGUGUGACAAUAAUAUUGUGCAAUUAUACAUGUGAUGUUACAGCAUUGAUAAUUUAAUUAAAGUCUAUUGAUUGUUACGUCCAGAUCUGUUAGAUGCAAGGAACAACGUGUGUAUCUUAUAAAUAUAGGCAAUGCAUGUAAUAUUCAAUUAUAUUAUUUUAAGCGUGUGUAACUAGUUUAAAAGCAAAGCAAGCACGUUUCAUCUAUUAUAUUAGGGAAAAGUCUUGUGCAGCUCAUCAGUUCCAGUUGAACAGACCGCGUUAUCAUGACGAGAUUAUAGGUCCUCAAGAAUCGUUGUGAUGUUUGUUAUGAAUGCAACAUUGAAAGAGUGCAUGAGUCAACUGAAACUACUGAAAGUCCUCGUAAACUAUGCAAUAGUUGCCUUAUGCUUAUCAACUGGCUUCUGAAAUGUUCAUCUUGAGAAGCAACAACUUUGCUGAUCCGGCACGUCUUUUGCAGACAGCGAUGUGUAAACGCGCCAACUGUAUCCAAAGUUGAACUAUAAGUAUAUACUAGAUCAACCAUGAACUGUAUCAUCGAGAUUUGAAACGAAUUGUUCUCAGUAGACACUUGUGGUGCUUCAUAGAUAUUUAACGAGUCCAUUGUUGAUUUCGUCGCACAUAUUCUAAUACUUUGAGAAUUUAUUGAAGUUAGAGGAAAGGAUGCCCGGAAUAUUCAGCAUUGAUAUUGCUGUGUUUUAGAUGCCUUUAAAUCGAAAGCCGUCCAGAAGUACAAUGGCGAUGUAUUCGGAGUUUUGAAUAUAUGUUUAGCUUUAAGAUAUGUUGUUUUAUCAGUGGUUGUACAUGCAAAUGCGAAGCUGAUAGCCGGAAAGGUUCGUAUACACGGAAUGAUAAGGGAUCACACCUUUCGUCCGUAAUCUAUAUGCCUUUUGUAUUGCGAACGGUUGCUUUGCAUCAUAAGGAACCGAGUUUGGGUUAGUCAUGUUAAUGCGAGUAAUAAUAAUUAAAAUUGGCCCGUUGCACUAGGAGGCUGUACACAGGGAUGGCAGAUGCUCUAUUUCAGAACGAAUACCUAACAAUCACUGGAAAGGUGAAUUUGUCGCACUACUGAACAGAAAUUAUUAUUUCCGAUCUUCUCUGCCAAAUUCUAUUAAUUUGUAUCUUUCAUGAUGUUAUCCGUUUCGGGCAUUGGAAUUAUAGAGCGAAACACUCGCCACACCGAAGUUUUAUUCUGAAAAAUAAAUUAUCGAUAAUGAACACGAAAAACCCUUUCGUUUAAAAAAAUUUUCUGAGAUUGAUCACCGAUUAGGUAGUCUUGUUCAUGCAGAAUUCAAAAUUUUUUUAGUAGUUACGGAUGAAGGAUGCUUGCGAUACAACUGGUUAUUAGCAACAAUAUUGCGUUUUUUCAUGGUUUUAUUAGUGGAUUUUUAACGGAUUUUAGUCGUUUCCUUAGAUGGAUGAGAUCCACAGUACCGUCAUAUGAUGAUCCCUGUAGCGCGGGAUCCGAGAACCUGGCUCUGUACCUGGAUCAUGCAUAUAGAUAUUUUCAGUGGAUACAUAUCCUUAUUGUAUCGGGCUCUCAAGACUUAGGAAAUUUACGCCUCUACAAUUAUUGCUUUUUCCUGUUGAUCUUAGGAGAGUGUUCCGAUUAGCUUAUGAUGGAUACCAAUUUUAAUAAUUGAGAAGCCCAUAACUCUUCUGUUUAUGAUGGUUCCUGCCUGUCGCUUGCUCGCUCUACUAGUGGGCUAGUUCAGAUUGACAGCUUCGCCACAACAUAAUUUACACUAGUACAGGUCUGUGCAAGUUUGGCACAAUAAUCGCUCAGUUCAACUUGUGUUGUGAAUUGUGAUACGAAUUCCGUGUUAAUGAAACGCCUUAAAUUAAAAAUGUGAGAAUUUAUGAAUUUAAUUGUGUUAUUUCAAUGAAGCAGGUAGCUUAAGUCAUGAAAUGUGAGCAAGAUCCGCACACAAGUUCAACUUGCGUUGUGAAUUGUGAUACGAAUUCAGUGUUAAUGGAACCCUUGAAUUCAAAUGUAUGAAUUCGUGAAUUUACUUGUGUUAAUGCCUUGCAGCAGGUUAAUGCAUAGAUGUGGAACCAUUCAUCAUCAUCAAUAAAUUUUGCCUUGAAAA